UAUUAUCUACCACCUACCGCCUACCGCCUCCCACCUCUUUAUUACAUUCUUUAUUUGGUUUCUUAACACGAAAAAACUUUCGUGUUAAGGGACCGAAACACCGGCAGGAAAAGUAAUUUCUUUCAACUGCUCAGGUCAAAUUAUUUUGUGUGUUCGUGUCGUGAUCAUCAUUAAGAAGAAACUAGCGUUGCGUGUCAUACGGUUUGUUAUGCAGUCCUAUAAGUUUUAAAAAGAAACAACCGAACUGUGGUCAUAGAGAUGGCGAGUAGUUCUACUGCAUUAUCACCUCCUAAACCUUCAUGGAUAACUCCAGAAAGGCUGCUAGCUAUCUUUUGUGUGAUCAACUUGAUAAAUUAUGUGGAUAGAGGAGCGAUUGCAAGCAAUGGUGUCAAUGGGAGUCGUAGAAGCUGCUCAAAAAGUGGUACAUGCACAUCCGGCAGAGGAAUACAAGGGGACUUUAACCUGAGCAAUUUUGAAGAUGGAGUUUUAUCCUCAGCUUUCAUGGUUGGACUUCUCGUGGCUUGCCCAAUAUUUGCAUCAUUAGCAAAGAGCGUGAAUCCAUUUAGGCUCAUUGGAGUUGGAUUAUCAGUUUGGACAGUUGCCGUUGUUGGUUGUGGGUUUUCAAUUAAUUUCUGGAGCAUUACAGUCUGCCGCAUGCUAGUCGGUGUUGGUGAGGCUUCAUUUAUAAGUCUUGCAGCCCCUUUUAUCGAUGAUAACGCCCCUCCUGCCAAGAAAACUUUAUGGCUUGGAAUGUUUUACAUGUUUAUACCAGCUGGCUACGCUGCUGGCUACGUAUAUGGUGGACUGGUUGGUGACCAUUUCAGUUGGCGCUACGCUUUCUUUGGAGAGGCGGUUUUGAUGCUUCCAUUUGCUGUUUUAGGUUUUGUUAUGAAACCUUUGCAGUUGAAAGGUUUUGCUCCUGCUGAAUCUACCGAAGCGCUGACAUCCAUAGAGACAACUUCUUUGGAAGUUCAAGAUACAGAUGUCUCUGUUGUCAAAGGCUCAAUGAAAUCUUCCAAGUCAAAAUGUGCAUUUGUUGAUUUGAAGCAAUUCUCAAGAUUUAUGAAAGACUUGAAAGUGCUUUUGCUUGACAAGGUUUAUGUAGUGAAUGUUAUAGGUUACAUAGUGUACAAUUUCGUCCUUGGUGCAUAUUCAUAUUGGGGACCUAAAGCAGGCUAUAGCAUUUAUAACAUGAGCAAUGCAGAUCUGAUAUUUGGAGGAAUUACCAUAGUCUGUGGUAUAGUUGGCACACUAGCAGGGGGUUAUGUUCUGGAUCUCAUAAAUUCCACAAUUUCUAAUGCUUUUAAGCUUCUUUCAGCAGUUACAUUUGCCGGGGCAAUAUUUUGUUUCAGUGCCUUCUGUUUUAAGAGCAUGUAUCCCUUCCUUGCCCUUUUUGCUAUUGGUGAACUAUUUGUCUUUGCAACUCAGGCUCCUGUAAAUUUCAUAUGUCUUCACUGUGUUAAACCAAGUUUGAGACCAAUAUCUAUGGCUAUCUCCACUGUUGCAAUUCACCUCUUUGGAGAUGUGCCUUCCUCACCACUUGUUGGUGUUCUCCAGGAUCAAACUAACAACUGGAGGAAGACUGCUCUUAUUCUGACAUUCAUUUUGUUUCCAGCAGCUGUGAUAUGGUUUAUAGGUAUAUUUCUGCACAGCGUGGAUAGAUUUGAUGAAGCAAGUGAGCAUCCUGAAGUGACUACAACUGACGGAUCUGACACAACGCCUUUGCUUGAUAGGAAGGCAGCAGGAACAACAGAAACAGAACCAUGAAGUUUUCACUGGAAUUGUGUACGGUAUUAUUUUGUUUUCUGCACAAUUUCUGAGCUUGUGCACGCGCAAACCCAAGUUUUUCUGGUGUAUAUAUAUAUUAAUCUUCCUACUGCAGAUAGGAAUUGAUUAUCUUUAAUUCAAUGCCUCUAAAUAAUCCUUGCAGAUUCUAACAAAAA